ACUUCAUUCUAUAUCAACAAGAAGGGGUCCCCGAGGAAUUCUUUCUAGGGAUUUUCUGUUACGAAAAGUGCACUUUCCAGGAAUAUGUCGUGCCGUGGGUGUACAAAGAAGUACGGAUUAUUCCUCAAAGAGGUGGGGUGUCCCAAGUGCAAAUUUUCUUAUUGCAAAAAUUGUAUAAAAUACUCUAUCGACGGAUCUCCUGAGAAGAGGAAACUGAAAGUGUGUCUCUCCUGCUUUAAUGCCCAGAAGAAGUCGUCAACAGAAGAGGCUGAGGAUGGCGAACGUCCAGUUCCAGAGGCUUAUUUGAAGCGCAUUGAGAAGUUGGGCUCUACAGCCGGCGCAUCCCAAGGAGUUGCCCAGGACGAUGAAAUCAUGAAGCGUCUGGAGAAAUUACGGGAAGACAGACAGCCAAAGAGUGUUCCGUCCGAGGAGGAAAUGAGAAAGCGACUGGCAGAGCUGAGAGGACAGCAAUACAAGGAAUAUUCAAACGCUCAUGUCUUCGCCGUGGACAAGAGAUCAGAUCAGCAGAAGAUGGAUGAUCUGAUGAAGCAGUACUCGGAGGAAGCAUCGAUUAGAGAGGCUUUCGAUCCCGCAAAAGACGUUGAAAAGCGACUGGCAGCUUUGAAGAAGAAUCCUCUUCCCUCGUCUGGCUCUAGUCAGUCUGCCAAAGCCCCAGAAGCUGCUGGUGCUACUGCGAACGUCGACGAAGAGAGUGAGGACGAGGAAAUUGCUGCUAAAAAGCUUGCUCAGCGCUAUCUUGCCGAAUCCGCUCUUGAAGGGGAGAUCCUCGAUCCUGAUGAAAAGGAGUUUAUCAGUAGUCUGCCUCCACCGUCCGGAGAUACCGAGGAGCUGCCGUGGUGCACAGUUUGUAACGAGGAUGCCAGCAUUCGGUGCCUUGGAUGCGACGGGGAACUAUUUUGCCGGGAGUGCUUUAAGGAUAUCCACGACGACGAAGAGUACAGAGCCCAUCGAACGAAGCCUUAUCAUGGCAAAAAGGAAUGAGGAAAAGGAAGGAAAAAAACAACGACGAGGAUGGGAUUCGAACCCACGCGUGCAUAGCACAUUGGAUUAGCAGUCCAACGCCUUAACCACUCGGCCACCUCGUCUAUAAAUAUCCUUGGUUAAUUUGCCAUUUCAAUGGAGCGGUCAUCUGGCCAAGUCCAAUCGUUUCGAACGGCCUCGUGAUCGCCAUAUUACAUUUUUCUUAACAUCUUUGCACGCUCAUAUUGUAAUU